AUGAGUUCUUCUGAUUAUUACAAUCUCAAAGAACAAACUCGACAAAAUUUCAACAAUGUGAGUGAUGAGUACGAAAAAAUUUCUCUCAAAUGCAACAACUCAAAAUCUACGUGUAAUACAAAGAAUAGUAUCAUCGCUCGUCGAAAGGAAAUCCAACAACAGCUCGAUAAAAUCAAAUUAGACUCCGAUUCAUAUGACGCCGAAUUAAAAAGCGCCAAAGCCGAGUUCGAUAGAUUGGAGUUAGAAAAUAUAUCAUUUACACGAAGCGAUCUCUCUAACGAGAUCAAAGAUCUUCAGCGUCGGUAUGAGUCAAUACAACCAAGUCAAAAAGUUCGUCAAGAGAUCGACACCCAUCACGAUGUAAUGGAGAAGAUGAAAGCCGAGAUAAAUGUUCUGAGUGCGGACGUUCAUUUACAACUCGAAGUAAAGCAACAGCGCCUCCGCGAGUUAACAGAGAGGCUCCGUUUUCUUGAAGAACGCGACGCGCUGAUACAACGUGCGUUGGUCGUUGGUAAUUAUUGA